GACUGGAGGCACAUGGGGAGAGGUUGUUGCUUUUGCAUAUCUUUCUGUGGAAUGCUGGGAAAAAUUUCAAAGGUGUUUUGACUUUUAUUUUCCAGUAGGAAUAGUGUGCAAUUUAACAAAGAGAACAAAUAAGUUUGGAUGAUAGAUUUUUUUGAGGCCCAAAAAAAAGAAGCUCUUUCUACAAAAUGAAAUUUACCUCAUGGGGAAAAUGGGAAAAUUUUAGAUUUUAUCUGAAGUGUUUCACUCUGAUUUUUAUUUAUUUUUUUCUCUGAGGAAGAGAAAAUGUCUCCACCAGAAUGAUGGUCAUCUGGAGUAAAACAAACCUCACUUUCAGCCUCUCUUAGUGCACUCGUCUCUCUUCCUCUCCUCAACACAUGGCUUGAGGCUGGACUGAGGCUGCAGCUCCACCCGCCCAGGCGUUACUAUGGCAACGCUAUCUGGGCCUACCAAGACCUGAAGCCGAAGGACAUCCUGGACAACAAUACAAUAGCAGCACAGCCAGGGUACCUGAGGGACUUAGACCUGAGAGGCGAGAUCUGGGGGGGUUGCAGACUGAGUAAAUCCUCCUUCUUUCUCUGCCUCCCUCGCACACAAACACAGUCAGGAUUAGCUUUUCCCAGAGAAUCCAAGAGGUAGUGGAACAAUACUUGGCAUUUAGUGAUUCUGGUGUGGCAAUUUUGAAUGAAAUUUAGAAAGAAAAAGAAAAAAAAAAAAGAGAAAAAAAAGAAAUGUUUUUUGGUAACUAUUUUGAGUGGAUUUUCGGGCAGCCUCAGAAACAGGAUGUUAAUGCUUGACGGAAUGCCUGCAGUCCGAGUCAAAGCUGAGCCCCUGGAAUCGGAACAAGGGUCGCCUAAAGUGCGCCCUUAUUCUGCGAUGGACGUCCCCUUCUUCCUCAGUAGAGUUAAACCCGAACCCCCAGAAGACCUGCUCGCUCACGACCUGCACUUCCACACACAGACCGAGCCUGUCGACCUGUCAAUCAACAAACCCCGCCCCUCCUCUUCAUCCACCAUCCCCACCACCACGACCUCAUCAUCAUCCCCUCUCAGAUCCGCCUUCUCCCCGUCUUCUCUAUCGUCGUCAUCCUCCUCCUCCUCCUCCUCCUCCUCUCCAUCAGUUAUCACCUCAGCCUCAUCGGUGCUCACACCAGGCCCUCUGGUUGCCCCUGGCGCCGGGGUGAGAGGUCAGCCGUAUUUGCACAUCCUGCACUCUGUGCCGCCGCCUCCUUCGAGCCCUCUGAGCCUGCAGGGAGCAGGGAAGCUGGCUAGCCAUGUUCACCGCAUCCCGGUUGUGGUACAGUCACUGCCCCUCAUGUACACCACUGCCGUUCGAUCACCCUCCAGCCUCAACAACGCCAUCAUGCUACCUCUGCUGGAUGAGGUCAAAAGCCAGGGCAAAGCACACACAGACCCCAAUGGCCUGUCGCCAAGGCAGAUCAAAAGUGACAGCGAUGACGACGACCUGCCAAACGUGACCUUGGACAGUGUUAAUGAGACCGGCUCCACUGCGCUGUCUAUAGCCCGCGCCGUACAAGAUUCCAUGUCCCCGUUCAGUAUUGACAGCAUACGGCGCCCCCGGAGGUCAGAGUCACCAGAUUCCAAAAAGAGAAGAAUCCACAGAUGUGACUUUGAGGGCUGCAAUAAGGUGUACACCAAAAGCUCCCAUUUAAAAGCACACCGAAGGACGCAUACAGGGGAAAAGCCAUACAAAUGCACCUGGGACGGCUGCACGUGGAAGUUUGCUCGCUCUGACGAGCUGACGAGGCAUUACAGAAAACACACGGGGGUCAAGCCCUUCAAGUGUGCAGACUGUGACCGCAGCUUCUCCAGAUCUGACCACUUGGCUCUGCACCGACGGAGACAUAUGCUGGUGUGAAUCAGACGGAGAGAGAUAAAGAGAAAGAGAGAGAGAUGAAACGGAACAAACACAUACACAUGCACACACACAAACAAACACACACACACACACACACGCACACACACACACACACACAGGCAGCCGGGGGAGCGGGAUCUCCCUAUGAAUGUUUUUCAGCUGGCCUGGAUGUGCACACACAUACACAAACAUACACGCGCACAAACACACAGACACACACACAAACACACACACACACACACACACACACACUCUCAUCCGUCAUAAGGAGAGAAGAUGUAGUGGUGCACAGAGCUUGUGGAGCACAAAACAGGGUCACUUCUGGAUCCUCUUUGGGUUGGAAGGAAUAGACGGCAGGAUCUUUUAUUGUCAUUGUUUGGAGUAUAAUAGGGAACUGUAUUUUACAGCACUGUUCAUAAAUGUUUCACUUUUGAUUUUUAAAAUGAACUCGCACUCUUCAUUUGGACAAAAAAAUAUAUAUAAUGCAAUCGCAACUGUCUCAUUUUUGGUAUCUUUCUUUUCAUUAUUGUUCAAAUGGCUGCUUUUCCAGCAUUCAUAAUGUGAAAGAUCCCGUUGUAUGGAAUGGAUUUUUCUGUGUGAGCAGAAAGAAGUUAGGCCUGGACUGGAUCACAGGAAACGAUUUUGGGCCUAGUUGGAGUUACAGGCAGUAUUGAUUCGCCGUGCCUCCCUGUGAGUCUGACUUAUGACCAGCAGAGGGCGCCAUUUCAUCACAGAUGGUUUCCUUUUCCCGCUGGAGUCUGCUGUUUUGUUAGAGGCAUCCCAUUUUAAAAAGCUAAAAGAGGGCUGGACUUUCACCUUUUUUUCCCAUAGCCAGCAAACAAUAAAACAGCAUGACUCAAAAUAGCCACAACCUGAAUGGAUCAACCUCAUCAACACCUCCACUGUUUCAGAUAUUCAUUGCUUCGUUUCAAACGAUGGAAAAAAAAAAGAAAUGGACGUGCAUAUCAUCCCACCAGCAAGGAAACACACCAUUUAUGACUUACUCACAGGGCCGGAUUACCCCAAAUAACAUCAGUGCUAUUCUUUAUGUUGAGCCUCUUGAAAUCUUUGGUUGAUUUUGUGCUGUGAUUAGCAAUCAGUAAAGUGCAAUCUUAAAGGAUAAAUAUACUUUCAGUAUGACAACGUUCGUUUUGUUUAUUGAAUCUUGCUUUUUUUUUUCUUUUUUCUUUUUUUUUUAAUGCCUGCUUAUUGCCUAUGUUUGACUCAGAAAAAUACAACCCCUCAUGUACAGUGAACUUUGAAACAAUCAGAGGAGAUUUUCAGUAUGUGAAAAAAAAAAAAAAAAGAAUAGAGGCACCUUACAGACUCAUGCUUUCAUUCUGUCCUGAUCUAUCUGUUGUUAUUAUUCAGCUCUGUUUUCUCAGCUGGGUUUUGACAGUGAAAGGAAUUUGUGUUGGUGGUUUUGCACAGCAGCACUUGACCAUAAGCUGACAUUGACACCGGCUGCAAUGUUACAGGGAUAGCGUGGUACCUGAUGUACAAUACCGAAGAGCAAUACAUUCUGAACAAAGGAAUGAGAAGGAACGUCCACCUCCUCUUUGUUCUGUUUGCUGAUGUCAAUAUCCGAGGAGAGGUUUCUAGCCAGGCCAACUCCUCGCUCAGUACCAUGACUCCCCUGUGUUACCGAUUUGGUUUGUAGCUCCAGCACUCGAAUCUGAUGUGUCUCAGUUACUGAGUUACUAUAAAAUCAUUUAAUUUUAUUUUGUUUUAUUUUGUUUGUCUCAAAUACAGAAAGUCACUUGAAAUGUUAUCACCUCAGACCAGAUAUAUGUUAAGAUUAUUAUCUGAUGUACCUGAGAUUUGGCUACAUAAAAUACUGAAAACCAGAGGAGUCACAUAUGCAUGCAUACAUAUGACAUAUAUAAAAAUAAUACAUACACAUGCACAUACAUUAAUACAUUAUGUAUGUGCACUACGGCUACAUUUUAAAUGCAGUUACUGGCAGAUAUGUCUCUUAUAGAACAUCACUUAACCUUAAUCAGGAAGCUUAAUUAAAAAAAAUAUUUUUAUACUCAUAAUAACAAGACUUUUUUUGCAGGUGUUUCCAUCGCUCUUAAUGCUGAGAAAGAGCUGCAGACAUAAACUUGAGAGCAUCAGGCCAACCCAUAUCAUUUGAUAGUGCUGCUAAAUGUAUUUAUUGGACCGAAGCCAGUAAAAAGAAAUGGUAACCUUUUUGAUAAUAGCACCUUGAAAACCAUACACUUACACACAUACAACACACUCUCAUGCACACACACACACACACACACCUGCAUUUGCAUCGAACACCCUCGCUUUCAGUAAAGUAGCCAAAUCCAGGAAGUCAUUUCCACACAAUGUAUGUGACACCCCCCCCCCCUUUUUAAUGUAAUGGAGGAUGGUAAUGUCUGUUAUCAUUAUUUAUGUAUAUUGUUUGUGCACAGCGUCAUUAUGCCCAGUUUGUAUUAACAUUUUGGCAAAAGCAUAUCAGCACCUUGUUUGUUUAUUAGUAUGAUUUUUUUUUUCAAAUUAUUUUAUUUCAGAUGUCGAUUUAUAAACAAAUAAUCAUCAUCGUAUUUUAUCAUCCAUAUAAUGUAUAAGAUCAUUUUAUGAUUGAGGGGGCACUUCGUCAUUGCAUAUAACUCUUUUUCUUCUGUAAAAAGGAUCUUUUGAAAUGUUGUAAUAUAUGUGAUAGUGAAGAUAAAAACUUAUUACAAAGUUCUACAGCCUGUAUAUACAUUGGAAAAAUAGGGCUUUUGAUUAGUAGAUGCAGGAAAUACAUUUAUACAUGUAAAGUCUUUUUCAGAGACUGUAAUUUAUCUAAUUUGAUAUACAGUGAAAUGGGGCUAAUGGUAUUCAUCAUGUAAAUUAUCAUAUGUGGUGUUAUAUAACGGUUUGCAUUUUUUUUUGGUUUGUGGUCAACUAAGUUCAUGAUCAAAUCAUUUUUAUUCCUAAGGCUGAACCAGUGUUUGCUAUAAUCAACAAAUUAUUUAUAUACAGUACAUUGACCAUAUUAAGGUACUCGAUUCCCUGUGUUGCUAUUUUGCUAUACCCGGACAAAAAAAAAAAAAUCUAUUGAUUCAAGCACAUAUCAACAACACAUGUACUCUCCUAUCCAGUAUAUGACGUUGCAUGCCUUAAUACAACCGUUUUUCAAAAAAUUCAAUUAGACUUGAAGGUGGUGUCUCCACAGGACAGGGUGAAUUGUAUUUCCCUCCAGCGUCUCUUUCCUCGUUUUAAAAGCAUAAUUUUGUAACGGUAACCAGGGUCAAAGUUAUGCAAUAAUAAUGAAUAGUGCCUCAUAUCACACACUUGUAAUACCAACUGCUCUGUGCAGGAGUUUCAAUUUCAGCAUGUGUGCUCAAAUUAAUAAAUUUCAAAUGAGAAAUCAUGAAAAAAAGCACAGACAACAUUAUGCAAGUCGGACCUCUAAUGUUUCGCUUUCUUUAUUCGCACUGAGCCUUAUGCCAUUGUGUCAAAUGCAGCAUCCUCCCAUUACACUUUCACGGGCUGUUCAUAGCACGCACUGCAUUAUUACUUUGCUUGCAAUAAGUCACUUCCUCUAAGGGGAGCAAAACUGAGUUACAAAGGCCUCUUGAUGUUUCAGCUUCAGCACAUUAAAUCAACAUAGUGAUUCCAUGGAAGAUAAUGAGGAAUCUUAUUCAUAGGAGAGAAAAAAAUCCAGUGGCUGGGAUUCCAGAGUGAUGCCUUUGUUUAUGAAUACUGAUCUUACACUUUGUAUCAGUUCAAUAUCUAUUUUACUUUCUGUGUAACAUCUGCUUUUGAUUUCCUGGUUUUGAAAAAUUUAAGUAGUGAAACCAAUGCAUAUGUUUCAAGUUUGCUGAUAUUACGUACAGUAAUCGUUGUUCCUGUAUUUAUGUAAAGUGAGUGUAGUGUAAAUAUAUUCAGAUCUUUCCAUUCUUGCUGUUAAAAAAAAAAAAAAAAAAAAAAAAAAUUGUGAUAUUGCUCAGCAUCGCUUCAAAAGGGAGAUUCUGCUCAUGGAAAUCCACAUCUGUAAAAGAAGAUUUUUAAUCCUGAUAUUUUUCAAAACUCCAAGAACAGGUGUCCUUUCUUUCUUUCUGUUACGCUUUUCUUUUCUCCAAGAGUUGUUUAAGUAUCCAGUCAGUGUUUUUGCCUUUUUCUCUGUAUUUUUCAUAUGGAUGGAGCUGUGAAAUUAAAAUAAGUUCAAACAUAUACAUGUAUAUAAAUAUGAAUGGAGGCAUGAAGGUUAAUAAAGUUGCAUUUUGUAUGUAA